GCCUGCAAGCCGUUGAAAGGUACACUUGGAUGCGAUCUGGAAUGGCGGGAGUGUCGUUCCGCGUGGCCGCUCGACUCGCGGCGCCUGAGUUGCGGUGUUCUUCCUCGCAGGGCGAGCAACUGGUCCAUCGUGCGCACAAUUGCUGCCACAGGCCAUCAACUCAGAAGAUCUUCCGACCUCAUCAUGUGGUGCCCGCAGGCGGUGGCAGCAACAAGAAUCCUUCAUCUCCGUACCAAUACCAACAACAAUCGCAAUGCCAAUCACGCCCUCGAUCCCGAUGGCAAGCUCAACAACGUACCCAACUGAGAUCCCGAUCCGCAUGCGCGGGAGAUGAUGCUUCGGCGCGCAGGGAUGAGGUGCAGGAGCCGGCUCCGAAAUCGGGAUGUCCGUCUUGGACGUUGAACAGCCCCGAUGUGUCCAGCCAGGCGCCCGACGGGCAGCAACGGAGGCCUCUCAACGUGGUCCUAGUCUCCCCGCAAAUCCCUGGAAACGCGGGCAGUAUCGCCCGAACCUGCGCGGCGGCGGCGGUGGGACUUCACCUCGUGGAGCCGAUGGCAUUCAAACUCGACGACGCAAAGCUGAAGAGAGCUGGCCUGGAUUAUUGGCCCUACGUGGUUGUCAAGGUACAUAGCUCGUGGGACGAUUUCCUCGAUUAUUUCCUGGGCCAGCAGGACCCGAAGAGAUUGAUUGCCUUCACGAAACGGGGUGCCGACACCUACACUAAGACCGAUUACCGGCCGGGUGAUUGGCUUCUCUUCGGGGCAGAAACGACAGGACUGCCUGAAGAAGCGCACAGGGAAAGCUCCAGUGGAAGAUACGCGGGUGGUUGCGUUCGAAUUCCAAUGAGUGAAGAGCACGUGCGAUCGUUGAAUCUGGCCGUUUCAGUGGGAAUUGGCCUGUAUGAGGCCAUACGACAGCUGGACACCAAGUCAUCAUCAUCAGCGUUACAUUCUCCGUCAUCACCACCACCAUCAUCAUCAUCAUCAUCAUUGUCAUCACUCUAUUUAGACGCAUCAUCAUCGUCAUAUCUAGAUUCGUCAUCAUCCCUAGCAUCAUCGUCAUAGAUCUGUCUUCAUAACCCAGCUGGAAAGGUGGAUGAACUAUGGGUCCUUCGCUUCCUUCCUUCUCCCCGUGGGUGUCUUAAGUGGCCAUUUACUGCCUGUAGGUAGGCAGGUAGGUAGGUAGGUAGGUAGGUUGGUAGAGCUGUCUGUUUCGGUCAUUAGCUCGCUCAGUUGGUAUAGUGCCUCGUUUACACCGAGAGAGCCAGCCGUUCAAGUCCGUUAUUACCCAGAUGGGAAAAUAGCUUAGUCGGUUAGAGUGCUGGUCUGUCACGCCAGAAGUCGCGGGUUCAAAACCCUUUUUUUUUCCCGGGAGGCAUAGCUGAGUGGCUGAAGGCACUGGUUUGCUAAAUCGAAAGUG